GGGGAGGAUCCUGAAGGAGAAUGGCCAGCUCUGGUCCUCAAGACACGGUGUGUGGCUCAGUGACAUUUAGGGAUGUGGCUGUCGACUUCUCUCAGGAGGAGUGGGCCUGCCUGGAUGCUACUCAGAGGGUCUUAUACAGGGACAUGAUGCUGGAGACCUACAGCAACCUCGUCACAGUGGUGGGAAGUUCCAUUUCCAAACCGGAUCUGAUCACCUUACUAGAGGAGGAGAGAGAGCCCUGGAUGGUUGUGAAGGAAGAAACAGACAGGCCCGGCCCAGUGGGAAGUUCCAUUUCCAAACCGGAUCUGAUCACCUUACUAGAGGAGGAGAGAGAGCCCUGGAUGGUUGUGAAGGAAGAAACAGACAGGCCCGGCCCAGAUUUGGAGUCAUGUUAUGAAGCUGAAAAUACAUCUCAAGAAAAUUGUAUUGAUAAUAGAAAUUUAUUCAAACAAAGCAUAAAACAAUUAAGCAACACUUUUGACCUCAAGGCAUCCAGUUUUAGUAAUGGCCCCAACUAUAGUACAUCCAAGGAAGUACCAAGUUAUCAAGGAGAUGUUUAUCAAAACAGUAGUAACAAGGAAAAACUACUUACUAACACCUUCCAGACUCUUGCUCACAAUAUAGAAAAACCAUAUGAAUGUAAAGAGUGUGGGAAAUACUUUAGUUGUAGUUCAAAUCUUAUUCAGCAUCAGAGUAUUCAUACUGGAGAGAAACCCUAUGAAUGUAAGGAAUGUGGGAAAGCCUUCAGACUUCCCCAACAUUUUGCAAGACAUCAGAAAUCUCACAGUGGUAAGAGACCUUUUGAAUGUGAUGAAUGUGGAAAGGGUUUUCAACUUCCUAGUGUGCUUAAGUACCAUAAAACCAUUCAUACAGGUAUAAAACCAUUUGUAUGUGAGGAAUGCGGGAAGUCCUUCAAGCGAUUCUCCCACCUUGUUGAACAUAGAACCAUUCAUGCUGAUGUGAAACCAUAUGAGUGUAAUGAGUGUGGGAAAGCCUUUAAUCGUCGCUCAAACCUUAUGCAACAUCAGAAAAUUCACUCUGGUGAGAGACCUUUUCAGUGCAAGGAAUGUGGGAAAGCCUUCACCAUUCUAGCACACCUCACUCGGCACCAGAACAUUCAUACGGGAGAGAAGUCAUUUGAAUGUAAGGAGUGUGGGAAGAUAUUCAGUUGUGGCUCAUUCCUUGUGCAGCAUCAGAGUAUUCAUACUGGGGAGAAACCCUUUGAGUGUAAUGUAUGUGGGAAGGCUUUUAGGCUUCAGGUAUACCUUUCUGAGCAUCAGAAAACUCACACUGAUGAGAAACCUUUCAAGUGCAUGCUCUGUGGGUCAGCCUUCAGACGUAAGUACCAACUUAAUGAACAUCAGAGAAUCCAUACUGAUGAGAAACCAUAUCAAUGCAAAGAAUGUGGCAAACUAUUUCGUCACCAUUCAAAUUUGAUUGACCAUCAGAGUAUUCACACUGGGAAGAAACCGUUUGAGUGUAAGGAAUGUGGGAAAGUCUUUAGACUUAAUAUUCAUCUCAUACGACAUCAGAGAUUGCAUAGUGGUGAUAGACCUUUUGAAUGUGAAGAAUGUGGAAGGGCUUUUCAUCUCCCCAGCCAGCUUAAUUACCAUAAAAUUGUUCAUACAAGUAUAAAACCCUUUGAAUGCAAGAUAUGUGGGAAGUCCUUCAAGCAUGUCUCCACCCUUGUUCAACAUAGGAUCAUCCAUGCUGAUGUGAAACCAUACGAAUGCAAUGAGUGCGGGAAAGCCUUUAAUCGUCGCUCAAACCUUAUGCAACAUCAGAAAAUUCACUCUGGUGAGAGACCCUUUCAGUGUAAGGAAUGUGGGAAAGCCUUCACUGUUCUGGCACUUCUCACUCGGCACCAGAACAUUCAUAGUGGAGAGAAAUCUUUUGAAUGUAAGGAAUGUGGGAAGAUAUUCAGUUGUGGCUCAUUCCUUGUGCAGCAUCAGAGUAUUCAUACUGGGGAGAAACCCUUUGAGUGUAAUGUAUGUGGGAAGGCUUUUAGGCUUCAGGUAUACCUUUCUGAGCAUCAGAAAACUCACACUGGUGAAAAACCUUUCAAGUGCAUGCUCUGUGGGUCAGCCUUCAGACGUAAGUACCAACUUAGUGAACAUCAGAGAAUUCAUACUGAUGAGAAACCCUAUCAGUGCAAGGAAUGUGGGAAAUAUUUUCGUCGACGUUCAAACUUUACUGAACAUCAGAGUAUUCACACUGGGAAGAAACCGUUUGAGUGUAAGGAGUGUGGGAAAGUCUUUAGACUUAAUAUUCAUCUCAUACGACAUCAGAGAUGUCAUAGUGGUGAGAGACCUUUUGAAUGUGAAGAAUGUGGAAGGACUUUUCAUCUUCCCAGCCAGCUUAAUUACCAUAAAAGCAUUCUUCAUACAGGUCAAAAAAUAUUUGAAUGUGAGGAAUGUGGGAAGUCCUUCAAGCGUGUCUCCAGCCUUGUUGAACACAGGAUUAUUCAUGCCGGUGUGAAACCAUAUGAGUGUAGUGAGUGUGGGAAAGCCUUUAGUCGUCGCUCAAACCUCAUGCAGCAUCAGAAAAUUCACUCUGGUGAGAGACCCUUUCAGUGUAAGGAAUGUGGAAAGGGCUUUACUCUUCUGGCACAGCUCACCCGGCACCAGAGCAUUCAUACUGGAGAGAAAUCAUUUGAAUGUGAGCAGUGUGGGUCAGCCUUCAGACUUAAGUCCCAACUCAGUCAACAUCAGAGAGUUCAUAGCGAUAUGAAACUCUUUCAGUGCAAGGAAUGUGGAAAGGACUUUAUUAAUAGUACAGGCCUUCGAAUUCACCAAAGAAUCCAUACUGGUGAGAAGCCCUUUCAAUGUAAGGAAUGUGGGGAAGCGUUUCAGUAUCAUUACCAAUUUCUCGGACACUUUAGAAUUCAUACUGGCAAGAAUCCUUAUGAAUGUACACAAUGUGGGAAGUGCUUUACUUGUGAUAGAGACCUUAAAUUACACCAAAGAAUUCAUUCUGUUGAGAAACUUUACCAGUGUUAAGAAUGUGGGAAGGCCUUUAGUGACGAUUUUAUCUAGCAAUAUAUCUGAGAAUUCACACUGGUGAGAAGCCCUAUGAAACUAAGAAAUGUGGGGAAAUGUUUAGAUUUAAUUUCAGCCUUCAUUGCACAUUGGGGAAGUGAUACUGGCAUGAACCACUAUCACUGUAAAGAAUGUGGAAAAACCUUGAAUUUUGAGUUCAGGCCUUCAACAUAAACGAAUCCAUGUUGGUUCGAAACCCUAUGAAUGGAAGUAAUGUGGAAACAUAGGAUUAGCCCAGCUGUCAAACCUCAUCAGAGAGUCCUUAUAGAUCUGAAACCCUGUGAAUGCAAAGAAUGUGGAAAAGCCUUAUUGUAAAUGAUAAGCCUACACAACAUCAGAAAAUCCAGAAUUGUCAGGAGUCCUGUGCUAGUACAGAAGGAAGACAUGCCUUUGUAUGGAAAUUUUACUGAAAAUCAGAGAACUCAUCUUGGCAAGACUGUGAUUGGAAAGAUUAUAGGAAGAAUUUUAUCCUGCCUAGGAUUUGGUAACAUGAGAAUAUUCAUAUAUUCUUGAUAAUGAGAAACCCUUUGAGAAAGAGAAUGUGGGAAGUCUGUUCAGAGAUAAUACUCUGUUGAGAAUGUCAAUGUUAGCCAUCAUGUUCUUGAUUUACUCUCCUCUCAUUCUGUAAACUAUUUUUAAAACACUAUUCACUCAGGAACUAGGUUUAUCAGGGGCACCUUCCUUGUUAACAUUAAUGUUCUAUGUAUGGCUCCCAUCAUACUAACAUAAAUAUACUGGAUAUUUACUUUCUUUUAAUAUAAUUUGUUAAUGACCAUCCCAGUACCAAAGUUAUGGGAACAUGAUUAUGAUAGGUGGUAAGCUUUUUCAAGAAUAUUUGGUUACUGCCUGUGUUCUGUAAAAUAGCUUUUACGUUUUUCUCCCUUGGCAUAACUGUAACUGAUAUAACAGGCUGUACUUUAGAUAGUUUACAAACCCCUCAUGCAUUCAUCUACUAGUAAAUUUUAAACAACUUCAUUCUGUAUACAUCUAAUAUCUAAUGCACAAAGAGGAAUAUGAAAGGAUGUAAAUUGCAAAUCCAUUAAAUAUUUGUGUGGAGAUGUUUAAAAAGCACAGCUGUUGAUAGAGUAAAUACUUUCUAAAGAGGUUGAACCCAUAAAAAAUUCAAAAGGUAAAGCCUAUAAUUUAUGCACUCCUUCCACACAUAAAGAUAAACUACAUUUCUGUCAGGGCAAGAAAGUCCAUGGGAUCAUCCAUCUCUAAAUUCUUACUUGGGCAUUUCAGGUUUCGGUAGAAUUUGAUUUCCUUGAUGGAUAAUCUCAUGGAAAAUUACCCAAGUCUAGUUAGGGAACCUGAGAUCAAUUGCCCCUGAUUCUGUUAGAGUCCAUGUGUGUAAGUCUUCCCCUCCAGCUAUUGCUUAUCUUGGUUACUGUUAAACUGUCUAGUUGGGCAUAAAUUCCCCCUGCAGCUGCAGAGCAAGAUAAGAGGAGGUGGGAUUUGCUCUAAAUACUUGUGGCUACAUGUAGGUUCCAAGUAUCUGGGUGUAGUACAAGCUUGUUACGAGCAUGUUUUCCCGCCCACCUGGUCCCAGAGCCAUGUCAGCCCCAAAUAACACACAGAGACAUUAUAUUAGAUAUAAAGCUGUUAGCCUGUUACUAGCAUUUCUUACUAGCUAGUUCUGUCUUAAAUAUUAACCCAUUUCUAUUAAUCUUAAGUAUUUUCACGUGGUCUUAUCUUACUGGAGAGAGGGUCUGGAGUUCUACCCUGUUGGUCCUACAUCUUGAAACCUCCCUACUUCCUUCUAGUACCUGGGUGUAGUACAAGGUGGCUGGAAUAAAGACUUUUAGUUGGAUAUUAA